AUGUUGAUUUACACGUCCUAUUUCACUAAAUGGCUUGUAUUCUCGGGAUGUAGGUCGAUUGUUACUCUUAAAUUCGUUUGAAUUCUUUGUUCUUAUUUUUAGUAGCGAUUCCACUUUAUUUUGCAACCCCAUUAUCCGGUCAAUCCACGGUUCCCAGAUCGACUCAUCAUCUUCAGGAAACCACAAUUCAUCCCCCAAACAAUUCCAGCAUCUCUGAAGCCCAUCCUCAUUUUGUUUUUCCUCAAAAUUCAUCAAACCCAAAUUUAAAUUCGGACGCUGAGGUUACUGUAACUCGUGAUGACAACAAUAUUACUAUAAAUGUAGUUGUAAAAAAGGAUGGAGAAGGGUUCUGCUGGAAAUGCUAUAAAAGUAACGGGCUGCUUAUUUUGAGAUUUUAUUUUUAUUUUAGUUCCAAUCUUGGUUGCCGCAGGCGUCGUUGGAGUCAUCGCGUUGUGCUGUUGUUGCAGUUGCAUCGCUUCUUGUUGUGUAGGUUUUUGGUUUAUGUUUUCAAACACAGUAAUGAGACUAAACCUUUGUUCUUAAUAGAUGUUAAAAAAAUGGAAGUUUCUGACAAUUAUAGCCCAGAGACUCAAAAAACCUUUGAUUACCACCAAUCUUUCAGACCCGUCCCACGCGAACUUCGUCUCCGCCAAAAGUCCCGCCCGCCGAAGCCAAGAAAACGAAUAAGCCAUUGGUCAAGACCCCCAAAUUUGGGAGCGAAGGACAAAUCUAUAAAGUUAGAACCGCCGACAUAACGGAGAGAGAGCCAUCAAGAGUUGAGGGAAGUUCUCAGAGGAGUCAACGGAGCUCCAAAUUGUUGUCCAAGGAGAGUGGAAAAAGCGUCAAAAGCCGUAAAAGUGUGACCAAUUCGAAGAGCAAGAGUACCAGUGCGAAGAGCAAAAAGUCCACGAAGAAUACCUCGUCUAAAACCAGUAAAAAAUAA